AUGGUACUGGAACUUUUCAACAUGACUUCUCUAGGUGCAGAUUCAAAGGCAGCUCAGGAGUUCCUGGCCACCAUGAACACCAUGGACCUGACUGAGAUUGAGGGGCAAGUCACAGUAUCUGAACAUCAGCAUUUGGAUUACCCAACUGAAAAGCUGGAGCAGAGUGAGAACAAUGGUUCGAUUGUCCGUAAAGAGGAGAAAUGGGAAUUGCCUGCUCCCCAACUUAUACCUUCAUCUCCAAAAUCAUAUUCUUCAUUUCCUUCCAUAAAGCAGAAGUGGGAAGAAUAUCGGCUUCAGUGUUUAAAGUAUCUCCAAGAAACACCCCCUCUUGUGACAGAAGGCAAGUUUUGCAACAGGACUUUUGACAACUAUGUCUGCUGGCCUGAUGCUAUGCCUGGCACCUAUGUGAAUAUGAGUUGCCCUUGGUAUCUGCCGUCAGGUAGCUCAGGGCAAGUUUACCGUUUCUGCACACUGGAAGGUACAUGGCUAAUGGAGGAGAAUUCCACCAAUCCAUGGAAGAACAUUUCUGCAUGUAUGGCUCCUGAUGAAGACCUACCAGGAAGACGGUUGUUAUUCCUUUCUGUCAUCUACACCACUGGAUAUGCCCUUUCUUUCUCAGCCCUCGUUAUAGCAACUGGCAUCCUCCUUGGGUUCAGGCAUCUGCAUUGUACCAGGAACUACAUUCACUUGAACCUUUUUACCUCGUUUAUCCUACGUGCUGUGUCCAUCUUCGUUAAGGACUCCAUACUCAAAUGGAUGUACAAAACAGCCCCUCGUCAACAACAGUGGGAGAGUUUAAUUUCCUUCCAGGAGUCAUUUAGCUGCCGCUUGAUCUUUGUGAUGAUGCAGUAUUGUGUGACUGCAAACUAUUAUUGGCUACUGGUGGAAGGAAUGUACCUGUAUACUCUACUAGCCCUCUCAGUGUUUUCCGAGCAGAGAAUCUUUCGGCUUUACCUUUGCAUUGGCUGGGGUGUGCCAAUGCUGUUUGUAACCCUCUGGGGAAUUGUCAAGUACCUUUAUGAAGAUGAGGGCUGUUGGAACAAGAAUCUUAACAUGAACUAUUGGCUGAUCAUCAGGCUACCUAUUAUGGUUGCUAUUGGGGUAAAUUUCCUGAUCUUUAUCAGGGUUAUUUGCAUUAUAAUUUCUAAGCUGCAAGCCAAUCUGUUGCGCAAAAGUGACAUAAAAUGCAGAUUGGCCAAAUCUACACUGACUCUGAUCCCACUUCUGGGUACACACGAGAUCAUCUUUGCUUUUGUUACUGAUGAACACGCCAAGGGGAUGCUGCGGCUUGUGAAGCUCUUUUUUGAAUUCUCCUCUUCUUCCUUUCAGGGACUUCUGGUGGCAAUUCUCUACUGCUUUAACAAUACUGAGGUUCAGACAGAAUUUCAGAAAAGUUGGGAACGAUGGAGACUGGAACACUUUUACGUCCAAAGAGACAACAGUAUGAAGCCACUUAAGUAUCCAGCCAACAGCAUUAGCAGUGGAGGUACAGUCGGAAGCACCGUCUAUGCUGCCACUUGUCAAGCUACAUUCAGCUAAGAUGCAGAGGAGAUGGGCCAUCUGACCUGAACUGUAGGAGAUAAAAUUGAACGCCCAGCCAGACUGUUUGUAAGAGGUCUUUAGAAGACUUGACCCUCUGCUGUUCAUUGCUGCAGGCAGCUGAAUAAGCUUUUAAAAUAAA